UUUUUGAUGAAAUGCGUUGUUUAUUUCCUAAAGAAAAACUCUCACUUGCAAUUGAUAAAUUAUGUAAUCAAUGUACAUCUUCAUCAUAUGAAAAUUCAAAAAGUGAAUUUGAAGAAGGGAUUAAUCAGGCCUUUGAUGAUACAAAGAAUAUGACUGCAACUUUAACAGAGAAACAGGAUUUGCACAAA